AUGUUUACUUAUGAUGAAUGGAAGAAGAAGAAUAAAAUAGAAGAUAAUGUCAAUGAUCAUAAUGAAGAUAAACAAGAUCAUAAACAAUUUACUGUCAUGGGAACAGCCAAACGAUUUCAUACCAAAGGAAUGAAAAAUCAUGUGAAAGAAAAACAAAGAUUUAAAAAGAGAGAAAUAAAAACUAAAGAUGAAAUAUUUAAAGAAAGAAAACGUAAAGAAAAAAUACAUAAUUAUGAAAAAUAUAAACAGAAGAAAGAUAAGAAAGGUAAAGCUGGAGGAAAAGGAAGUAAAGGUGGUAAAAGAUAA